AUGGCGGCCUCUGCGCCGGCUCCGCACGCGACCGGCUUCCCCGCCGAGGGUCGCUGCGGGUUCUACGUGGCGAAGAAGAAGAGGUUCUGCAGGAUGGUGGCGGCCGCCGGCAGGAGGUUCUGCGGCGAACACGCCGGCGCCGCGGAGGAAGAAAAUGCUCGGAAAAGAAUCCUGUGUCCUUUAGAUCCGAAACACACAGUGUAUGAAGAUCAAUUAGCAAAGCACUUGAAAAAAUGCAACUCAAGAGAGAAGCCAAAACCUGACUUUUUUAUUCAAGAUAUUAAUGCAGGCCUAAAAGACGAAACAGAAAUACCUGAACAGUUAGUUCCAAUUUCUUCUCUCCCUGAAGAGCAGUUGGAAAUUCUAAUUAAGAAGUUGAAAAAAGUAAGUGAGGGUUUGAACUCUACACUUAAAGAUCAAAUUAUGUCCCACCCAGCAUUGCAUGAUGCCCUUAAUGACCCUAACAAUGGGGAUUCUGCCACCAAACACCUGAAGCAGCAGGCUUCUAUUUUAGGUAACAUUGAGGAAUUAAAGUUACUUGGCCCAAGAAGAUGCUUUGUUGAGUUUGGAGCGGGAAAGGGGAAGUUGUCUCACUGGGUUGAUGUUGCCUUAAAAGAUGCCGAAGGAGUUCACUUCCUCCUCGUAGAGAAGGCGCCCACGAGGUUCAAGGUAGAUGGCAAGCACAGAAAGGAAAACGCAGUGUUUCAGAGACUUCAGAUUGACAUCCAGCACCUGUGUCUGAACAGGAUUCCCGUGCUGAGCAGGGAGAAGCUGCCCGUGGUGGGAAUCGGAAAGCACCUGUGUGGAGCGGCCACAGAUCUUGCAUUACGCUGUCUGGUGGAAACGUAUGGCGCCAGCCAGGCGGAAGGGAGUGAAGAGCCUUCAGCCAAACGCAUCAAGAACGCUAAAGCGGACAGAAGCCUCGACGCCGCAGCCGAGAACGGCGGUGACAGCAACGUGGCGGGGGCCUGGACCCCGGUGGCUGGCAUCGUGGUCGCGCUGUGCUGUCACCACAGGUGCGACUGGAGACACUACGUGGGCAAAGACUACUUCCGGGCGCAGGGCCUGGGCGCCCGGGAGUUCCACUAUUUCCAGCGCAUGAGCAGCUGGGCGACGUGUGGGAUGCGGACGGCGGCUGUGGGGGCCUCCAGCGUCCCCGGGACGAGAGAGGACGAGAGCGAGGACGGCGAGGAGCAUGACGGCGGGGGACACAGGGGCCCGGAGGACCGCGCCGGGACGUGGCCCGGGUGUCUCCCCGGGGAGGAGAAGGAGCGGCUGGGGCGCCUGUGCAAGCUGCUGAUCGACCAGGGCCGCCUGCAGUACCUGCAGCGGAAGGGCUUCCGGGCUGCGCUGCAGCGCUACACGGACCCCACCGUGUCCCUGGAGAACGUGCUGCUCACCGCCCUGCCGGCCCAGGCUCCGGCCGACACCACUGCCUGA